CGCCGCGCUCUAACCCGACCCUCCUCACCAGGGUUGAAACCUGGGCGCCUCCAAGAUGCUGGCUUACCACUCUCCCCUCAUGGACCCUGACACGAAACUCAUUGGAAACAUGGCACUGUUGCCUAUCAGAAGUCAGUUCAAAGGACCCGCCCCUAGAGAGACAAAAGAUACAGAUAUUGUGACUGAAGCUAUCUGUUACUUCAAGGCCAAUGUCUUCUUCAAAAACUAUGAAAUUAAGAAUGAAGCUGAUAGGACCUUGAUAUAUAUAACUCUCUACAUUUCUGAGUGUCUAAAGAAACUCCAAAAUUGCAAUUCUAAAAGCCAAGGUGAGAAAGAAAUGUAUACACUGGGAAUCACUAAUUUUCCCAUUCCCGGAGAGCCUGGUUUUCCACUUAAUGCAAUUGACGCCAAACCUGCGAACAAACAGGAAGAUGAAGUGAUGAGGACCUGCUUACAACAGCUGAGGCAAGAGACUGGACUGAGACUUUGGGAGAAAGUUUUUAACCCUCAGAAUGAUAAACCCAGCAAGUGGUGGACUCGCUUUGUGAAGAGACAAUUCAUGAACAAGAGUCUUUCAGGACCUGGACAGUAAAGGGAGCCUUGGGCAGACUGUCUCCACAGCUGUGGGCAGCAUUUACAGCAAGAUGUACACAGUUCUUUGCCUUUAUUUUGUCAAGUUUUAUACAGAGGAGAGAAGAGAGUGUGUCUUUAUUUGAAGAGCUCUUUAUCAAGAAUU